AUGGAGGAGCCAUUGCCACUGCGCUAUGCCACCUCUUCCUCUGUUGCUGCUCCAAAGUUCUGCCACGAUGGAAUGGGAAAUCUCAGAGUCACCAAAAAAGGAAUUCGACUUGAAGGGAUAUCUGAAUUUCUACUUCCAUUGUACGUGAAAGAAAUCCAUUCCCGAAAGGACAGUCCACUGGUCUUACAAUCUGACAGGAAUGUUACCAUGAAUGCAAGAAAUCACAUGGGACACUUAACAGGACAGCUGACUGUAGGUGCUGAUGCUGUAGAAGCCCAGUGUAAAAGGUUUGAAGUUAGCUCAAGUGAAGAUGGUAGGGUGCUUUUCUCUGCUGAUGAAGAAGAGAUUGUCAUUGGGGCAGACAGACUGAAGGUCACCGGCACAGAAGGAGCUGUAUUUGAGCAUUCUGUGGAAACCCCCCAUAUCAGAGCUGAACCUUCUCAAGACCUCAAGCUUGAAUCACCCACGAGAUCUUUGAUAAUGGAAGCUCCAAAAGGAAUACAAGUGAGCGCAGCUGCGGGGGACCUGAAAGCCACUUGUAGGAAAGAGCUGCACCUGCAGUCUACAGAAGGGGAGAUAUUUUUAAAUGCGGACUCAAUCCGACUAGGGAAUCUACCCCUGGGGUCUUUUCCCUCAUCUUCCUCACCAAGUUCAUCAGCAACAAGACAGACUAUCUAUGAGCUCUGUGUUUGUCCCAAUGGCAAACUCUACCUUUCUCCUGCAGGAGCAGGUUCCACAUGUCAGUCCAGUGGCAACAUCUGCUUGUGGAGCUGA